AUGCGGCGCCCAGAGCUGCCGGAGAGGCUGCAGCCCAUGCGGGCCCGCUACCGCGAUGCGCUGAAGUGGUGCGGAGGCCAUCUCAACUUCUUUCGUGUCCACGUCCUCGUCUUCACCUUCACCCCGCUGUUUGCGGCGUGCAUCUUCUACGCCGCCAACACGGCGGUCCACAUACCCUUCAUCGAUGCGCUCUUCGUCUGCACCUCGGCCAUGACCGUGACCGGACUGGUGACGAUCGACAUCAGUACGGCGAACCCCGGGCAGCAGGCCAUCAUGUUCAUCCUGAUGUGCAUCGGCAACCUAUCGGCCGUCAGCGUCACCAUGGUCUGGAUCCGCCGCCACUUUUUCCGUGCCCGCUUCGACCACGUGAUCCGCACCAGCGCCAAGGCGCGCAAGCGUGCGCACGACGUCGAGGUCCAGGAGCAGCGCGAGAAGAAGCUCAACCGCCUCAAGCUCCAGCGCAUGAUGGGCCUCAAGCCCACGGAGAGCGCCGAAAGCAGCGAGGAGAACGGCGGCCAGUCGGGCACCUCGGCGUCGAGCUCCAGCGACCACAUUGACGUCCAUGCGCCGCAGCCGUCGAAAAAGAAGCAGGGCAAGCCGGGCAAGCGGCAACCUUUGCGCGCCGACAUGAUCCGCCGGAUCGAUGGGCCCGCCUUCCUGAUCAACUCGGCCGGCGUCGCAUCGACAGCCGUCCCCGAGCCGCGGUCAAAGCGUCGGUCGGGCUCUGGCAGCAGGGCAUCCGGCUCUCAGGAUGAGGCCCAGGCCUUCUCGCUUCCACCCUCGGGCGGCAUUCUGAACUCUGAGCCUGCCUCGGACGAGCACCCUUCGGACCGCGCGACAGCCCAGCAGCAACAGCCUAGCAUCCGCAUCUCGCUGCCGCCAACACAGCCCGCCGGCGUGUCCAUGAGUGAUACUCUCGGCGGCGAUGUCGCCUUGGCCGAGUCCCCGCAGCAGGAUCUUUCCGCUUUCCGUCAGGGAAGCGGCUCCACGCCCCGCCGAGGCUCGUUGCCGCGCUUCCACGAGACCGCGCAGGAUGCCGAUGGGCAGGAUCAGGACGUCGCUGUCGCGGACGACGAGUUUAACAACGCACCGCGCUCAGCCGGUCCAGUGCGCACUCGGUUCGACGAUGGCGCCGACGACGAUGAUGGCCCGCCCAGGACUCGGGCCCGAAGGGUGUCGGACCCUCCUCAGUCGCGCUUCCGGCGCGGGUCGGAUACGGGCCUGCUCAACGUGCAUGCGACCGAACGCCACGAGCCCUUCUUCCCGCGCGCCCAGACCGUCGAGUUCGCCGAGCCGCACGAGUUCCGAUCGACGAGAGGCGAUGGCGGCGUCGGCUACACGACAGGCUACGCGGGCCAUGGCCUAUCGAGCGUGCGCAGCCGGGGCGGCACCCGGGACCUGGAUCGCACCACGACCAUGCGCUCGGGCGUCUCGCAGGUGUCUGGCCGAUCCCGCGCAGGACCGCCGCUGACGCGCACCAUGACGUCUUCCAAGCAGCGCGGCUUCGGCGGCUUUCCAACGCCCAUCGAGAUUGCUGGCAUGGCGUUCAAGAAGGCGCUCCCGAAGGUCCAGGAUCGGCUCAACCGGACCAUGACGAUGCCGAGGACGUCGACCUUCACCUCGGUCCACUCGACUGGCGCCUCGGCGAUGGCGCUCGACGGCAGCACCAAGCCGGCGCCCUACCUCUCGUUCGACGCCACCGUCUCGGGCAACUCGAUGUUUCACGAGCUGACCGAGGCGCAGCGCGACGAGCUCGGCGGCGUCGAGUACCGCGCCAUCGACCUGCUCGCCAAGCUGAUCCCGGCCUACUGGCUGCUGCUCAACUUCUUCUUCAUCACGCUGGUGGCCCCCUACGUCAGCAGCCGCGCCUUCCGUGACCGCUACGACUCAGCCUUUAUUUCGCAAGGCGUUAACAAACCGAACUACACGUGGUUCUGGUUCUUCCAGGUUGUCUCGGCCUACACCAACACGGGCUUCUCGCUGAUCGACACGAGCAUGACGACGAUGCAGGACGCCUACUUCCUCCUCAUCCCCAUGGGCUUCCUGAUCCUUGCGGGUAACACGGCCUUCCCGAUCGUGCUGCGCUUCUUCAUCUGGUGCAUCUCCAAGGUGGUGCCGAAGCGUUCGCGCGUGUCCGAGACGCUCCAGUUCCUCCUCGACCAUCCACGCCGGUGCUUCGUGUACCUCUUCCCCUCGAGCCAGACAUGGUUCCUGCUAUUCGUGCUGGCCGCCUUCAACAUCACCGACUGGAUCGCCUUCCUCGUCCUCGACAUUGGCAACCCGGUCAUCCAGUCGAUCCCACUUGGCACGCGGGUGUUUGACGGCCUCUUCCAGUCGAUCGCGGUGCGCGCCGCCGGCUUCCAGGUCGUCAGUCUGCUCACGCUCGCGCCCGCGGUUCAGUUCCUCUACGUCGUCAUGAUGUACCUCUCGGCGUUCCCGCUGGCCCUCUCGGUCCGCAGCACCAACGUCUACGAGGAAAAGUCGCUGGGCGUCUAUACGCAGGAGCCCGUCGGGCCGACGGCGCUGCCGGACCAGAACAACGCCAAGGUCUGGGGGUCGUUCCUCGCCUCGCACGCCCGCAAGCAGCUCGCGUUCGACAUCUGGUGGCUCGGCUUCGCCCUCUGGCUCAUCUGCAUCGUCGAGCGCCGCAACAUCGAGGACAGCUCGACCAACUACUGGUUCACGGUAUUUUCGUGCAUGUUUGAACUGACCUCGGCCUACGGCACCGUUGGCCUCAGCACGGGCACGCCCGACGACAGCUUCAGCCUUUCGGGUCGCUUCAGCACGCUCUCCAAACUCAUCGUCAUCGCCGUCAUGAUCCGAGGACGUCACCGUGGUCUACCCGUGGCCAUCGACCGGGCCGUGCUGCUGCCCUCAGACGUCGAGAUCGAGGACGAGGUCAUGUCGCAGUACCCCAUCGACGAGGAGUGGGAGCGCGAGAGCACCUUCGUUCGCGGCAACGGCGACGACGCAGACGGCACUGCCGCCGCCGCCGGCGUCGAGUCCGACAGCGUCGUCGGCAGCAUGGGCGCCAAUAGCAACGCGGGCCCGGGCAGCGGCGGCGUCGAGCCGCGUGCGAGCUUCUCAAACAUCCGCCGAACCAUGUCCGGCGUUUCGUUUGCCGACCAGACGCCUCGCGCUGGCGGUGCUGGAAGCAAGCGCGGCAGCUUCGGCAGCGACAGCCUGAUGCUGCCGUCCAGCCCCAAGAGCCAAAACACGUACUACGAGGGUCGGAGCAGCAGCUUCGCGGGAGGCGGCGUUGGCGGUUCGAUGGCUGCUCCGCCCGGCCUGUCGGCGAUCCGCGAGGUGUCGGGCGCGGCGACGCCGACGUCGGAAUCCCGUCCGCCGUCGGUCGAUCUGGAGAGGAGCUUCGCGCUGCCGCCUAGCUACCAGGCAACGCAGCCCACGUCGAAGGCUUCACCGGACGGGGCCGUCGAGGAAGAGGCAGAGAACCGCGCCAGCAGCGCCGGUGGCAGCAGCAGCCACGAGAGCGGCGGAAGCGCCAAGGGCAAGGAGAGGCAGCGGGGCGGCGACGGCGGCGAGGAGCGACACGAGCUGCAGAGCCUGGGUGCCCGUGGCGGCAAGGACGAGGAGUGA